UCGGCCGCCUCCGCCGAGCGCCGAGUUGCAGAGCGGCCGCCAUCGCAAGCCAGUCAUCCACUAUGGAGCACACCGUAACACCGUUGGAGCCCCUGCUGCCCACCGGGAAUUUGAAGUACUGCCUCGUGAUCCUUAAUCAACCUUUGGACAGAUGUUUUCUUCAUCUUUGGAACAAAGCCCUUUUAAGAGCCUGUGCUGAUGGAGGCGCCAACCGGCUGUAUGAUAUCACCGAAGGAGAGAGAGACAGCUUUUUGCCUGAAUUCAUCAGUGGAGAUUUUGACUCCAUUAGGCCUGAAGUCAGAGACUACUACACUGUCAAGGGAUGUGAACUGAUCUCAACUCCUGAUCAAGACCACACUGACUUCACCAAAUGCCUUCAAGUGCUCCAGAGGAAGAUUGCCGAAAAACACCUGCAGGUUGAUGUGAUUGUGACCCUGGGAGGCCUUGCGGGGCGUUUCGACCAGAUGAUGGCAUCCGUGAGUACCCUGUACCAGGCAACGCACAUCACUCCUGUGCCAGUCAUAAUAAUGCAGGAGGAAUCUCUCAUCUAUCUUCUUCAACCGGGAAAGCACAAGUUGCACGUAGACACUGGGAAGGAAGGGAACUGGUGUGGCCUCAUUCCUGUUGGAAGCCCUUGCAACCAGGUUACAACAACAGGCCUGAAAUGGAACCUCAAAAAUGCUGCACUUGCUUUUGGAACGUUGGUCAGUACCUCCAACGACUAUGACGGCUCUGGCGUUGUGACUGUGGAAACUGACCAGCCACUCCUCUGGACCAUGGCCAUCAAAAUCUAACCUGUCUUCUUGCUUGCUUUUUUUUUUUUUCCUGUUCUUUGUUAUUGCCAUUUGUUGAUAUGGUUACCUAAUGGAAUGUUAAAGCAUGUAGGGGGGAAAAGGUAAAAUUUAAACAAAAAGAAGACGACACACUACCAACAGCACUUGUAGGUAUGUCUCCGCCUUAUCUCAUUGCCAACAUAUUCCUCAGAUCCUACUCUUCAGCUGGGUCACCAGGAAUCCCAACCUCUCCGCGGGAAGCUCAGGACUCUUAAACAUGUUAGUGUUUAGGAAAUCCAGACAGCAUUGUAAAUGCCGGGUGUCAGCUUUACAGUGAGAAUACUGUCUAUCUCAACAGUAUUCAUCUUGACUACCUUCAUUUGGGAAGCUAGUGUGAUCAUUCCACGGUCAAGUUCAGUGCUAAUUAUUAAGUCAUUAAUCAUUCCACUUGUUGACGAAGAAGACUCUCAAAGUUCCUCUUACAGUUACGCAUGCUUAAACAUUUCACAAGUACCUGUCUAUAUUGGAUUUCUCUAUGUUAU